UGUUAGGUGCAAAACGAUACGCGGUAACGUAGCCGCUAAAGACUAAAAAAGAGUGAGUGUGUGUGUGUGCGUGCGUCUGAAGGUAGUGCUCUUGGUUGGCUGAAGAACCCCAAGAUAAGAUCAGUAAUGGCAUGCUACUCUCUCGUUCGAUUGCUAUUGCUGUUUUUCACUCUUUCAGAUUCACUUGUCCAAAUUUGCAGCGUUGGAGUUGGAAUUAACUAUGGACAGAUCGCCGACAAUCUCCCUACUCCCUCACGUGUUGCAGUCCUCCUUGAAUCGAUCAACGUUACUAGAGUUAAACUCUAUGAUGCCGAUCCAAAUGUUCUGCUCGCCUUCGCCAACUCAAACGUUGAUUUCAUUGUUGGCCUAGGAAACGGGGAUCUUCAAGCCAUGGCCGACCCCCUUAAGGCUCAAAAUUGGAUUAAACAGAAUGUUUCACCCUACCUUCCUCGAAUCAACUGCAUCCUUGUGGGUAAUGAGGUGUUCGUUAGCACUGACUCUCAGCUGAAGGCUAGUCUCCUACCGGCAAUGCAAGCAGUAUAUCGUGCUCUUGCUAAUCUUGGACUGGAUAAACAAGUUACUGUCACAACUGCGCAUUCUCUUAACAUUUUAAGCACCUCCUAUCCUCCAUCAGCUGGGGCUUUUAAGCCAGAUCUUGCUCAAUAUAUCCAACCCCUUGUAAAUUUUCAUGCCCAGAUCAAAUCGCCCUUCUUGAUAAACGCAUAUCCAUUUUUUGCAUACAAGGAUAGCACAGGUGACGUGUCACUAGAGUAUGUGCUGUUUCAGCCAAACCAAGGGACAACUGACCCAAGUACGAAUUUGAAGUAUGAUAACAUGUUAUAUGCUCAGAUUGAUGCUGUAUAUGCUGCAAUUAAAGCAAUGGGGCAUACUGAUAUCGAGGUUCAAGUUUCGGAGACGGGUUGGCCGUCGAAGGGGGAUGCUGAUGAGAUAGGUGCUUCACCAGAGAAUGCAGGAAUAUAUAACGGUAAUUUGUUGAAAAGAAUAGCUGAGAAGCAAGGCACUCCAGCAAAACCGUCAACUCCAAUUGACAUACAUGUGUUUGCACUUUUUAAUGAGAAUUUAAAGCCUGGUCCGGCAUCAGAGAGGAACUAUGGCCUGUUUUAUCCUGAUGGUUCCCCAGUUUACAACAUUGGAAUUCAAGGUUCUCGCCUGGGAGGGCCAGCGUUGGGUCCGGGGAUAGAUUCAGGCUAUUCGGCAUCGAACAAGAAUGCUUUGUCUGUCUUCAGCUUUCUGGUUUGCCUUAUGGCAUGCUUAGUCUUUUAAACUUCUAAGAAUUAGUUAAAAGGGCGGGGGAGAUCAAGGGAAGAAGAGGAAUCUCUGGAGCCAUUCAAUGCCAGAGAAGUUACUAUAGGGAGAAAGCAUCAACGUAGCAUUUAUUUCUACAUUGAAGACUUGAAGUUAUUACAGCAGCGAUGGAUUGAAGCUUUUGUUUUUUUAGAACACUAAACUUCUAAACUAGUCACUCAUACAUAAUUAGGAAUAAGCCCUAUAUCGACUAGGCAAUUUAUUCAUCUAGAAAAAUAACAAUAAACUGGAAGCGAAUUCUUUCAGGAAAAAAAAUUAUAUUAAUCAGUAAGCUAGGGAGAUUUUUGUGCAUAUUUCAUAGGGCAGUUUAUACUUCAUAGAUUUCUAGUAGUCUGUGUUUUGUUGUAUGUGGAGGGUAUAAUCUUAGCAGUAUUCUACCUCUCUCUCUCUCUCUACAUGUAUUUUUAUUCUAUUUUAUGAUUUGGAUUGUUCUUA